AUGAGCACACCAACAGACGAGGAAAAGAGAAUGUUGAAUGCGAUUGGUCAGUUUCUGCUGGGGGAAGAAUACAUGACGACUGCCCCUGCGGAGGAACAACAAUCUUCUGAAGAAAGCGGGACAAGCUUUGCUUCGGAGGGAACUGGAAAUAAAAAGAAAGGAGGAGAGAAACAUUACAGGGGAGUGAUGUUCGUUGAGGCUCGCGCCGCCGUGGCAUAUGACCGUAAGGCUUUCAAAAUCCGUGGUUCAAGGGCUAUCCUCAAUUUCCCUCUCAAUGUUGAGUUCGGACAGUAUGUGGAUCCCUUUCCUCAAUCCCCUUCUUCACACACUCCAUCUAACAUACCCAGGAAAAGGAAGACGUACGGGAAAGAUGAAUGUCAAUCAUUCGAAGAAUUAGAUUCAUAUUAA